UAUAUGUAUAUCGUCUGUGGCGAACGGACGUGCCUCUCCACCGCUCCGCAGCUACAAGGCUUUUCUGCCCUUUUACACCAACGCUUCUCAUCAAACGUCAGCCACCCACCAUACUGGCUGCCACAACAUUUGUGAUGGUGAAAACAAGGGCUAGACCUAAUCAAGAGGGAGAUACCAUGGAAACCUCUAGGCCGUCGGCAUCACCCGAAGCAGGAACUGGCGCUAUCUGGCAACACUGCCAGGCUGCCCGCGCCACGCCCCCUGAGCCCAUACCCCGUGACAUCAUGCGUUGCGUUGCAUCUGAAAUUGAUGACAUCUCAGAAGAAGGUAAAGCUAUCGUGAACUGUAUUGUUAAGGCUAUGAAUCAUCUUAUAAACAAAAAAGAUGAAGUUAUUUCUUGCCUAGAAAAUAAAAUAGUAAAAUUAGAGGACAAAAUAACGAAGUUAGAAAGCCAGUUAGACGAUGUUAGUCAGUACGAGCGUCGCGACACUGUUAUCAUUAGUGGCCCGGCGAUGCCGCUCGAGAUGGCAAGUGAGAAUCCCGUCGAUGUCGUCAUCAGAUCGAUAAAGGAUAACUUGAAAAUCAAUCUCACUCAGGAUGACAUCAAUGUAGCACAUAGGCUUGGGGAAAAGAAAACCCAGAACAUAAAUAGACCUAUAAUAGUCAAACUCAUGAGUAGGCAAAAGAUGUUUGAGAUAACGGAUGCUUGUGUCAAAGUUAGACCCAACAUCUACGUCAAUGAAAGCCUCACGCCAAAGCGCCGCGCGCUCUUCAAAACUAUCUGGGAUAUACGAAAACAGCAUCGAGACAUUUUUCAGCAGUGUUACACUCGGGAUGGUAAAAUCGUUGUGAAAUUGAAAAAUUCUAACAUGCAACAAAUCAUCACCUCAGAUAAAACAUUGCGUGAUUUCCUCUCUAAAUAUACAAUACUUAAGGAAACAGCCGACGCCUUGUAAGGCUUGUUCUCUCGAAAGGUCCCUCUUUAUUCGUUAAUGAAUGUUUUAUGGCACAUCUUGCUAUGUUCUUGCUUCUUAUUUCUCACAUUUUGCCUUACCCCUGCCUACCCGGCCACUUACCCCCCCCCACCCCCCACUCUCCGUACCUUUCUUAACCUUUGCCCACCCACCCCGAUAUCUUUAAUCACCUCCCCCGACCCCAGCUUACUCACUCCAAUACUUUAACCAUCCCCCUCCCAUGCACAUCCCACCUCUACCCACUUG